AUGGAAAGUUCAUGGCGAGUUGCCGAAAGUACGGUCCGUCAGAGAGCGGCCGCCCUGCCGUCGACGGUUCUCUUGACAGGUUAACUUUCGCCUUUUUUGGUUACUUUCCCCAAGGACAUCGCUUUUUACCAACACUUUUUUUUUUCAAAAAUGGGAAAGUUGAAUAAAAUAAUAACUCCAACGAGUUGCUAAACGGUGCUAACGAGGAUUAUAACACUUGCGAUGGAGCAGGGGGGUGGAUUACCGUAUUAGGCAAGUAAUUAAGUGGAUAAGACGCAACCUGAACACACCUGGGAGUGAGAUAAUGGCAUAUUGGAGAGGCAGAAAACAAAGACCAUUUAUCCUGAGAAACACUGUUGACUCUGAACGAAAAUUAUGAUUAUUCCGCCGAAAAGGAAUUUUGCAAACAUUAGAAGGUCAUCAUUAAUGAAAGAUAUAAGACCAGAAAAAUGUCAAGAAGUGAAGAUGCUUGGUUAAAAAUUAGCUUUUCCUGGUUUUUAAUGGAAAGCUUUAAAUCUUCGAGAAGUUUCCAAACUUCUUCAGCAUUUAGAAGUUAGACCUAAUAAGGUUGAAGGUUUAGAAAUCUUUCAUCAUUAGGCUUUUUUUUAAACAACCUCAGUUUUGUGAAACUGUUCCUUAACCAAGCUUGUAAAUUUUGUCGAGUCGCCUGGACCUUCGUGAUUCCUAUAGAUGAAUGUUACUAGGAUACUCAAUAAUGAUCUUCCUAUUAGAACUUCCUUAUCCAUUAUCUUAAAAAACAUAGUUUUCAAAAAUGGAAGGUGUAUAUUUCAAAGAUCUGCUUCCAAAUCUCAGUUUUGCGCUUUUUCAUAUGAAGGAUGAUUUUAGUUUUUAAUUUCGAAUUCUUUGUUUUUCUGCUGGAACCUUGAGGUUUCCCUUGAUUGCCUUCCCGUUCGGUCUUGAACUUUCUCAGAAGUUGUACUUUGUAAAAAAAGUUUUCCCUUGGAGUUGUCAAGCGUGCCGGUGUGUACCGGGGUUCUCUCGACACGGUCUAGCGGUGCGAGACAAGACUAGAAGAUCUUGGCCGAGCAUCGUCGCCAAGAAUGGCACCGGCGGCGCAAAACAAGAAAAGAUUUUUUUCGCUGAUUUUCAUCGCAAUUCAGAUGAGAAUCUUCCACUUUUUUUGGACACCUAUCGCCGCUGGGAUCUACACGGUCUUGACCCGAAAUUGCGUCAAAUUCUACGCUUUUUUCAUUGCCACACGGACGACCGCAAGCCGAACAACGACAUGCCUUCCGACGGUGUAAGUUGCACUCUUUUUUUUUUCUCAAAGUCCUUGAGGCGGACAACGUUUGAGGUAGACUUUUUGCAAUAAAAGGUACCGUAUCUUCUAUGAGGAGUUGCGUUUGAGAUAUGGAAGAAUCGAAAAAGGCAAAAUUUUUGAAAAAAGAACGAAUUUUUUCAUAUUAGCUUUUUCAUCCAUUAACCUCGAAAUAUUCUGAGUAUAAUCUGGCAAGGGAAGAUUUUUAAAAAAGGCAUGUAGUCAGGUUUCUUUCAAAUUUUAUUUUCCCUCAAAAACUUUGACUUGAGUCUUUGUUUUGAUUACAGUUUCAGCCAAAAGAAUAGUAGUUACUAUGAGUUUGCAAGCUUUAAAGCUGUCUUUUGAACCAAAAAUGCUCAAAAUCUAAAUAACCAAUAUUUUUUUUCUCAGAGAGAAUGCGUUUCGAUCCACAUCGGCCAAGCCGGCGCUCAAAUCGGGAAUGCUUGCUGGGAACUCUACUGCAUGGAACACGGACUCGACCAGAACGGUUUUCUGAGCGAAGAAUGCAACAAGCAGCAGGUGCGUGUCUUUUUCAAAAUCUUUUCGAAAAAAAUUUUGUUUGCCCUUGAAAAUUGAGUUAAAUGACCGUGACAAGACAUUUAGUCGCUGCAAGCGUUUUACUCGGAGUCGAGUAACGGCAAACACGUGCCGAGAGCCAUCUACAUCGACCUUGAGCCCACCGUGCUGGGUGAGAGAAAGUUUUUUUGUUCGAAAAUUUGGAAGAUAAAUUUGAAAAAAAAGAUACGCCAGCCAGAGCGGUCAGAAGUCUUUCCCGAAAGGUUGGGAUCUGCGACUUUUCUCAAAGUCAGAACAAUUUAUCGUGAAUCGAAUUUGAAGGUUUAUAAUCUUCGAAACUUUAAGCCAGACAUCUUAAUAUCAUUGAGCAUAUUCUGAAGCAAAGGUUCAGCAAUAGUUCUUAACCAAGAAGGUUAUUGCUUCCUUCCUUUGCAAUCUUUUGAAUUCACCUUUUUUAAAAACUAGGCCUUGGGUGCAAGCUGUGGGCGACCAUUUCAUGAUUAUUCCAAAUUGAAGAUGAGAUUCGGAACGGCGCAUAUUCCGGAUUAUUCCAUCCGGAUCAGAUCAUAAGUGGAAAAGAAGACGCGGCAAACAACUACGCCCGCGGGCAUUACACGAUUGGCAAGGAGUUGGUCGACGUUGUGCUCGACAGAAUCCGCAAGCAGGUUCAAUCCGAUACACGAUUAUCUAAAAAUAGUGCAAUUUUGGUUUCAGACAGAAAACUGCGAAGGAUUACAAGGAUUUCUCGUGUUCCAUUCGUUUGGAGGCGGUACUGGCAGUGGUUUCAGCUCCCUUCUUAUGGAGAGACUUUCUGUGGAAUAUGGGAAGAAAAGCAAGCUGGAGUUCAGGUUGACUGCUGAAAAGCAUUACUUACUAGAAAAAUCAUCAAGUAUUGAUAUUGAAACAGGGAAAUGAUUUAAAAUGCAAAAACUUAAGAAACAGCUUUGUAAGCAUGUUACGUCGUAUAAAAUUAACCUAUUUUUAAAUUUUCAGUGUCUAUCCAGCUCCUCAAGUCUCGACAUCCGUCGUAGAGCCAUACAACUCAAUUUUGACCACCCACACAACUUUGGAACUCUCCGAUUGCUCAUUUAUGGUCGAUAAUGAAGCCAUUUACGAUCUCUGCAGACAGAAGCUUCAUGUCGAUGUAACAUCCUCAAACAUUCAUAAAUUUUUAUUGGCUUCAGAGACCGUCCUAUUCUAACUUAAACCGCUUGAUUGCCCAAGUCGUGUCUUCAAUCACAGCUUCCUUGCGCUUCGAUGGUGCUCUGAACGUCGAUUUGAACGAAUUCCAGGUGCAAGAAAGUGCCGAUAAAUCGAAUUUGGAGAUUUUGCAGACAAACUUGGUACCGUAUCCCAGAAUACACUUUCCUCUGGCAACCUACGCCCCAGUUAUCUCCGCCGACCGAGUGAGAUUUGCAUCUUGAAAAGAAAAAACAGGAGAAAAAAGUUCUCAAGGUUUGCGGUAUCCCGAAGAUUACCGCAGAACGAAAUUGAAGUUUUCGAGAGAGUGAAAAACUUCGAAUGAUAUCCGUUUUGGAACCCUUUUUCAUUUGAAGAACGCACAAAUAGUCACUAAUUUUCAAACAGCUGCGUAAUCAUUGAUUUGAUGUCGUUUUUGAACUAACCCGACCAAAUACAACUUGAGCCUUUUGACAUCAUGAAACUAUGUUUACCGUUUCCUUAAGCUUGCUUCGUUUAAACUUUUAUAUUACAAAUAAAAUUAACAUGGUGAACGAUUCCAAGUGCGGCCAAGGCGUUUGAGGUUCAACCUAGAAAAAUGAAAGUUUUCAUGAUGAUGAGAACUUAAAUUCCAAAAUUCCAGGCCCAUCACGAGCCUCUCUCCGUUCAAGACAUCACUCACAUGUGCUUCGAAAAAGCCAACCAAAUGGUAAAAUGCGAUCCAAGUGCCGGAAAAUACAUGGUUUAAUCCACCCUUGAAAAAAAUAAUUAUUUUUGAUUAACAGGCCGUUUGCCUACUUUAUCGUGGUGAUGUCGUGCCGAAAGAUGUUAACGCCGCGAUAUCGUCGGUGAAAUCGAAAAGAGGCAUCAACUUUGUGGACUGGUGAUUUUUGAAAUAUAUUCACCCGAUUUUUUUCUCCGAGUAAAUCAAAAAACCUGAAUUUUUUUUUCUUUGUUUCGAGGCCGUUUGGGCAACUUUUUGCAUGAAAAUUUUUUUCCAGGUGCCCAACCGGCUUCAAAGUUGGUAUCAACUACCAGCCACCAAUCACCGUAGAAGGAGGCGAUCUUGCCAAGGUCAUUCGGAAUUUUCAUUAAACUGAUUUAACUUUUUUUUUUGAGGUCCAUCGUGCCGUCUGCAUGUUGUCCAAUACAACUGCCAUUGGGGAAGCUUGGGCUCGUCUUGACCACAAAUUCGACCUCAUGUACUCCAAAAGAGCCUUCGUGCACUGGUUUGUUGGAGAAGGUUAUAUAUUCGCGAUUUUCCAAAAAAAUAAUUCUGAAAUACUUCCAGGUAUGGAAGAAGGCGAGUUUGUAGAGGCUCGGGAUGAUUUGGCAGCCUUGGAGAAAGAUUAUGCUGAGGUGAAACUUUUUCAAUCAAAUUAGGUUGAAAUUUGAACUUAUAGGUCAGCAAGGACACAGCGGAGCUUGACGAGGAGAACGACGAGUAUUGA